UCGGUGUUUACAGUAUUGGCUAGCGUGACUGGGCUCGGGUGAGAGAAGACGUAUGUAGUGUCAUCUGCAAAAAGUUGUGAGUCAGAUGUGGUCGCUGCUCCGGUCCAGCCUGACCACCUUCAUACAGCUGAGAGAAACAUCUUGUGAGGCUGAGAUUAACAAUCUUGUUAGGAAGAACGACAGUAACAUAAUCUGGAAGGAAGGCCAGAUGGUGGGGGAUAAAUACUCGUGGUUGUGGAAUAACUACAUCACUCGUGAAGCUGUCAGGUGCCCCAAGAAAGUAGCAGAACUUCUCUGGACUGAUCGUAAGAGCAAUAUUAAUCAGGUAGUUACAAAAGUUUCAUCAGAUAUGCUGAACAUUCCCUCGUAUGCACGAUGGUUCAUUCGCAUUGCUGGAAUUUCAGGCGCUGCAGCUGUUGCACUUGGUGCAUAUGGUGCUCAUGUGUUUUACCGACGAGAAUAUCCUGAGGAACUGAAGCAGGUGUAUGAAACUGCUAACCGGUACCACUUUCUACACACACUCGCCUUACUUGGUGUUCCUCUUUGUAGACGACCCAAACUGGCUGGAGCAUUAUUUGUAGCUGGAACAGCAAUCUUUUGUGGCACUUGCUAUUACUAUGCCUUGACAGGAUCUAAGAAUGUCAGACAAUAUACCCCAUAUGGUGGAAUGUUACUGAUUGUUGGCUGGUUGUCCAUGGUGCUUUAAAAGUCAUAUGAACAUUUUGUAUAUUUGUAAAAGUAGCCUAUCAGAAUGUCUUGAACCAGGCAUUUAAAGAGAGUAUUACAUUUAUAAAUAAAUCAUGAAUUAUUAUGUUUACACAUUAGGUGGUUUAUAGCUUAGUGGUGUAGUGCCUUCAGCUUGCAACCAAAGGACCCAGGUUUAAUCCUGGGGUGAGUGGAGAUAUUGAGCAUGCAUCUUAAACCUGUUGACCCUGUUCACUUACCAGUAAAUAGAUACCCAGGGGUUAGUCAAUUGUUGUGGGUUGCAAGACCUGGGCUUUGAAAUGAGCUCAGGUUGGAUAACUUUACCUGUAAAUGCAUUUUUUUUUAAGUGCAUACAGUAUAUACAGUGGACCCCCGGUUAACGAUUUUAAUCCGUGCAAGAGGGAUAAUUGUCAUGCGAAAUAAUCGUUAUGCGAAUGAAUUUUCCCCAUAAGAAAUAAUGGAAAUAAAAUUAAUCCGUGCAAGACGCCCAAAAGUAUGAAAAAAAUUUUUUUUUACCACAUGAAAUGUUAAUUUUAAUACACACAAACUGAAAAAGGCAUGCACAAUUACAUGACACUUACUUUUAUUGAAGAUCUGGUGAUGAUUGAUGGGAUGGGAGGAGGGGAGAGCAUUAUCUUCUUACUGUUUAGAAGGGGAAUCCCCUUCCAUUACGACUUGAGGUAGCAAGUCCUUUUCCGGGGUUACUUCCUUCUUCUUUUAAUGCCACUAGGACCAGCUUGAGAGUCACUGGACCUCUGUCGCACAACAAAUCUGUCCAUAGAGCUCUGUACCUCCCGUUCCUUUACGAUUUGUCUAAAAUGGGCCACAACAUUGUCAUUGAAAUAGUCACCAGCACGGCUUGCAACAGCUGUGUCAGGGUGAUUUUCAUCUAUAAAGGUUUGCAGUUCAACCCACUGUGCACACAUUUCCUUAAUCUUUGAAGUAGGCACAAUGGAUUCCACAACUGGCAUAGGCUUCUCAGGGUUAGCCCCAAACCCUUCAAAAUCUUUCUUAAUUUCCAUACUAAUUCUCACCCUUUUUACCACAGGGUUGGCACUAGAAGCUUUCUUGGGGCCCAUGGUCACUUAUUUUCCAGAAACAGCACCGAAAACACUGUAAUAAUACGAAAUAUUCCGAGUGUAUGCUUGGAUGUUACCGCGGAGGCUGGCUGGUAAACAAUGGGACGGCCGGCACAUGUGAAGCUGGCUGAGGGCACAUUGGACGCGUCUCGGACGAAAAUCGGUAAGCGGGUUUUUAAUCGGUAUGCGCGGCAAAAAUUUUGCGAUAAAAGUAAUCGGUAUGCGGAAAAAUCGCUAUGUGAUGCCAUCGUUAUGCGGGGGUCCACUGUAUAUCCUCUUAAGCUACUGUUGUACACCUGGUCAUUCAAAAUUGACACUAAUAUAGUGAACUAAUAUUGCUUUUGUUUUCUGAAUUCUGUUAAUUUGAUCAGAAUAAGGAAUUGGUUACACAGAGUAACAUUUACUUAUUUUUAAAUAGGUAUUACUUAAAAAUUAUUGUUUUUUAUGUUCAGUUUUAAUUAGAUUGCAACAUUCCUCUCUCUAAUCAGCUUCUUAUUGUUUACUAUAAAAGUAUAUACAAAUUAAAGUAUUUUGUAACUAG